ACCAAGAGGCAAAGGGGCCUGGCAGGUUUAGUGUAAGAAUUUCUUUCAAUUUGGACAUAGGACUACAUCACCAAAGUGCCCGCUAAAUGGAACUAAGAAGAGGAAGAGCCGGGAUAAAAAAGGGAAGGCUAGGAGGCCACCUGGUACUAGCAAGGAAGGUGCAAGUACAUCAAAAAGACAGGGUUGAGGAGCAAGAAAGUUCAUUCAGCACAACACAAGAAGGUGCCACCGUCAGCACAACACAAGAAGGUGCCACCGUCCCUACAGAAAGCCUACAAGUGAUGUCGACAGAGGGUGUGACAACAUGCAGUAUUCCAAAGAGUUUGAAGAAGGCAGCUUUUAAAAAGAAACUUACUCCAACUAAAAAGAAGCUACCUACCAAGAAGAAACUGUGAAGACCUUUCCAUGUAAUGCUUUUGUAUUUUGAUAGACACAACACCUUUUAUGCUUGUGUGCUACCACCUGUUAUGCUUUUGUGUGGUCCUAGAACCUAUCAUUGUAUUUUCAAAACCUAUCAUGUCAUUGUAUUUUCAGAACCUAUCAUUGUAUUUUCAGAAUUGUAUUUUCAGGACCUAUCAUUGUAUUUUCAGAACCAUGUCAGAAUGUCAGACUCAGUGUGAGAACAUGUCAA